AUGAGUCGCAAGAAUUCGUCACGACCUGCUCCUCCUCCUCCUCCUCCUCACCCAAGGCCCAAACCACCUCCACCGCCACCACCACCUUCACGGCCACUGGUUUCAGCACCGGUGCCACCUUCUUUGGGUCAGCCUCCAGCAAAAAAGCGACUGACGGGUCCCAACGCAGAAGAUUCUGCAGGGCCAUCCCCACCGCCUACUAUUGCUCGAAAUACAGGGUCGACAUCAACAUCAUCCAAGCAUCAUCCGCUGCCGUCUGGUUCUGUUCACCUUCAGACAUCAUCAUCAUCAUCAUCAUCAUCUUUACCAUCUCACAAGUAUAAACCAUCGAACACACCAAUACCGCCGCCACCUCCGCCACCUUCUGCAGUCGCAGCUCAACGUCGAGAAAAAUAUAGUCCUCUUUUGAAUAGCAGCAAUAACGGCAACCAUAAUCAUGUGCUUUCCACGAAAGCAGUUGGUGUUGCAAGCUCAAAAGUGGUAAAAACGAAAGUAUCUGAAAAUGAGCUACAGAGUAGAAGGCGCAAAUGGAACAAUGUGCAAAAACGACGUUUCCAAAACUCAAACAUGCAAGCCAGCAACCAAAAUGGGUUCACUAGGCCUAUGGAGAUGCCUCCACAGCAUUUACGAAAGAUUAUUUCGGACCAUGCAGAUAUGACACUGCUGAAAGUCACUUCAGAUAAACGCUCGCACUUGGGUUCAUUAAAAUACUUACCUCAUGCUCUUUUUAAGCUUUUGGAGAAUAUACCUCAUCCCUGGGAACUGUCCAAAGAGGUCAAGGUUUUGUACCAUCGGACGGGUGCUAUAACCUUUGUUGAUCAGUCACCAAGGGUCAUUGAGCCAGUGUAUAUUGCACAAUGGGCUACAGUAUGGGAACUCAUGCGGAAAGAGAAGAGAGAUCGAAAGCAUUUCAAGCGUAUGCAAUUUCCACCUCUCGAUGACGAAGAAAAAUUUUUGAGUUGGAUCGAAAACUUUGAUGAUGCUGACUUGCCAGAUGCUAUACAGUCAACCGAGUUAGAAGCAGAUCAAUUUGUUGGAGAUUGGAUUUACGAUGAGAAACCGUUGAUUGAGGAAAAUGAGAUUGUGAGUGGAAGCUCCUAUCGGAAGUGGCGGUUGGAUAGUUCGACAAUGAGCCGGUUAUUUCAACUCUCUCGGCCACUUUUGUUGGGGUCUAGUGAUAACUAUGAUGUUAAUGAGCUAAUAACGGCAAAGAGUCUCAAUGUUGCUGUACGUGAUGGUCCUAAAUUUGAAGCAUUAUACAAGAAGCAGAUCCAAAGUAUGGAUGAUGAUUAUUCUGACCUCAAUUCACUUGAUAGUGUAAUUGUUCGACACCCCGUGAAAUCUGAGCAGAGGGUUGAUUUUCCAUAUGUGUACAAUUCGUUUGUCAAACGGGUAAGAACAAGUCCCUUCCAACAGCAAGUAAUUUCUGUUGAUGGUAGAGAAACUUUUGAAGGCGCAAGUGUCAACGGCUAUGGGUUCAAUUCACAAUUGAACCCUGUUAAAGCGCGAAAAGUUAGAAGUAAAAGCACGGUUGCAAUCAGAGACAAACCAGAGGCUAUUAAAGUCGAAGAAGUGAAAGCACCAGUUGUUCCAUUCUCCAAGACUUUUGGUGAUUUUUCCAAAUCCGAAAUACACACAUUAAAUGCUGGUUUGUCGUUGGUUUCGGCUCCUUAUCCAUUUUGCUACCGUACAGGACGUACUAAACGAGCCGAAGAUGUGCCCUUGACCAAGCGAUGGAAUCUGAAUUUGCGGCAAUAUAAUAAGGGACCGGUUCCCCUCAAGACCCGCAUUUCGUAUCAAAAAUUAUUGAAGAACCGUGUCUUAAACCACUUGCGACAUCUGAAGCAAAAGAAAGCAAAGCGUGCAUCUCGGAGUACAUUGCUCAAAAAAUUGAAGCUGACAAAAUAUUUCCAACAAACAAACAUUGACUGGGUCGAGGCAGGGAUCCAGGUUUGCCAGCAAGGAUUUGAAAUGCUCAAUUUAUUACUCCACAAACGUGGCUUGACUUAUUUGCACUUGGACUACAACUUCAAUUUGAAACCCACAAAGACCUUGACAACAAAGGAAAGGAAGAAGUCGAGAUUUGGUAAUGCUUUCCACUUGAUUCGUGAGCUUUUAAGAGCUAUAAAAAUGAUUGUAGAUGCUCAUAUCCAGUUUCGGUUGGGUAACGCCGAUGCUUACCAAUUGGCUGACGGCUUAAAUUACAUUUUCAACCACAUUGGACAGCUCACCGGUAUCUAUAGAUACAAAUACAAAGUGAUGCACCAGAUAAGACAGUGCAAAGACUACAAACACAUUAUCUACCACCGCUUUAAUAAAGUGAUUGGGAAGGGACCCGGGUGUGGGUUCUGGCAACCUUCGUGGAAGGUUUGGAUUUUCUUUCUUCGAGGUAUGAUUCCACUACUCGAGAGAUGGUUGGGUAAUCUAAUUGUGAGGCAGUUUGAAGGAAGACGGUACAAUGAUUAUGCUAAAACGAUUACAAAACAAAGGGUUGACUCCUACUACGAUUUGGAACUAAGAGCACAAGUUAUGCAUGAUAUCUUGGAAAUCAUACCUGAGGGUAUGAAGCAGAGUAAAUCAAAGACUAUUUUGCAACAUUUGAGUGAAGCUUGGCGGUGUUGGAAGGCGAAUAUUCCAUGGAUUGUGCCUGGAUUACCGGAGCCAAUCAAGAAUAUAAUCGAACGAUACAUCAAAGCCAAAGCAGAGGGUUGGAUAUCUGUUACACAUUACAACCGUGAGCGGAUCAAGAAGGGAACCCAUGUUGAAAAAACAGUUGUGAAGAAGAAUUUGGGAAGAAUGACGCGAUUAUGGGUAAAGAGAGAACACAAUAGGCAAGAGGAUUUUGGAAGACAAGGUCCUGCUAUUUCUCCAGAUGAAGCCGUAAAGGUGUUCCAGACGGCGGUGGAGUGGCUCGAAAGACGCAACUUUAGUCCCAUACCGUUUCCGCCUGUUUCUUAUAAGCAUGACACCAAGAUUUUGCUUUUGGCAUUGGAGAAUUUGAAGUCGACAUUCAACGCAAAUGCAAAGUUGAAUACUCUGCAACGAGAAGAGUUGGCGUUGAUUGAGCAGGCAUUUGACAACCCAAAUGAAUGUUUGGCUCGGAUCAAGAAACAGAUCUUGACCCAGAGGAUAUUCAAAGAGGUGGGAUUGGAUAUGAUGGAUUUUUAUGACUCAAUAAUUCCAUCGUAUGAAGUAGAUCCUUUAGAGAAAAUAGCUGAUGCAUAUUUAGACCAGUAUUUGUGGUAUGAAGCGGAUAAGAGGAAUUUGUUCCCCAACUGGAUUAAACCAGCGGACGACGAGAUACCACAAUUGACUGUAUACAAGUGGUGCCACGGUAUUAACAACUUGAAUGACGUUUGGAGCACUUCGAAUGGAGAAAGCGUUGUGAUGAUGGAGUUGACGUUGCGAGAGAUUUUGGAAAAUGUUGAUCUUACGUUAUUAAACAGGUUGCUCCGGUUAGUGGUUGACACAAAUAUUGCAGACUAUAUGACAUCCAAAAACAAUGUCAAUAUUAGGUACAAGGACAUGAACUAUGUCAACCAACAAGGUGUAGUUCGAGGUAUUCAGUUUGCGUCAUUUUUAUAUCAAUUUUAUGGAUUAGUUAUGGAUUUGCUUAUACUAGGCACAGAAAGAGCAUCUGAAUUGGCUGGUCCUGUUCAGAAUCCAAACAGCUUUUUACAGUUUCAUAGUCGGGAGAGUGAAAUAAGCUCUCCGAUUAGACUCUAUACUAGAAAUUUGGACAAAGUCCAUAUAUGUUUCAAGUUCACCAAUGAGGAGUCGUCUGCACUUGUGCGCGAUAUGGAGCCGUAUUUUCAUGACCUCGUUGGUUAUAACACUAAACGAUGCUGGCCAAAGGAUUCUCGAAUGCGGUUAAUGAGACAUGAUGUCAACUUGGGUAAGGCGGUGUUCAAUGAGAUAUGUCUGCGUGUGCCCCAUUCGUUGAGCACUAUAACGUGGAAGGAUACGUUUAUUUCUGUUUAUUCUAAGGACAAUCCAAAUUUGUUGUUCCAAAUGAAUGGAUUUGAAGUGAGAAUCUUACCCAAUUUUAGAGCCCAUGAAUCUAGCACAACCAAAGCAACUCAAGAAAAUACUUGGGACUUGAUUGACCUCAGCACUAAUGAAAGAACCGCUAGAGCCCAUUUGCAGGUAUCGGAAGAGUCGAUGGACCAUUUUAGAAAUAGGAUUAGGCAGAUCUUGAUGUCUUCGGGUUCAAGCCCAUUUACAAAAGUGGCAGCCAAAUGGAAUACAGCGCUUAUUGCGCUCGUGACGUAUUUUAGAGAAGCUGCAGUUGCGACUCCUGCGCUUUUGGAGUUGCUUAUCAAGUGCGAGACCAAAGUGCAAAAUAGGGUCAAGAUGGGACUCAACUCCAAAAUGCCAGCAAGGUUUCCGCCAGCAGUGUUCUACACUCCCAAAGAGUUGGGUGGUUUGGGUAUGCUUAGUGCUUCUCACGUCUUGGUACCUGAAGCGGACCUCAAGUGGUCUAGGCAAACGGAUACAGGAAUUGCGCAUUUUAAAGCAGGAAUGUCUCACGAAGAGGAAAAGAUGAUACCGACUAUUUUCAGAUACAUUCCAACUUGGGAAAAUGAGUUUCUAGAUUCUAGACGAGUUUGGGCCGAGUAUGCAAUCAAACGUGAGGAAGCUUUGUCACAGAACCGAAGAUUAACAUUUGAAGAUAUGGAGGAGAACUGGGAUAGAGGUAUACCACGAAUUAGUACCUUGUUCCAGAAAGAUAGACACACUUUGGCUUACGAUAAGGGCCAUCGUGUUAGGAAGAAACUUAGACACUAUACUAAUGGACGAUUCAAUCCUUUCUGGUGGACAAACGGAAGCCACGAUGGUAAGUUGUGGAAUCUCAACGCCUAUCGUGCAGAUGUCAUUCAAGCCUUAGGAGGAGUCGAGACCAUUUUGGAACACACUUUAUUCAAAGGUACUGGCUUCGACUCCUGGGAGGGCCUCUUUUGGGAAAAAUCCUCUGGAUUUGAAGAUUCCUUAAAAUUCAAAAAGUUGACGAAUGCACAAAGAUCGGGUUUAAGUCAAAUUCCAAAUAGACGUUUCACAUUGUGGUGGUCUCCAACAAUCAAUCGUGCUAAUGUUUAUGUUGGAUUCUUGGUGCAACUAGACCUUACUGGUAUUUUUCUACAUGGAAAAAUUCCAACCUUGAAGAUAUCAUUAAUUCAAUUAUUCAGAGCACAUCUCUGGCAAAAAAUCCAUGAAAGUGUUGUGCAAGAUUUGUGUCAAGUGUUUGACAAAGAGCAAGAAGUAUUGCUGAUUGAGCUGGUUGAAAAGCAGGCUAUCCAUCCUAGGAAAUCGUAUCGAAUGAGCUCUUCCACGGCUGAUAUUGUCUUUACCAGUACCUACAAAUGGAAUGUGUCGAAACCUUCGUCUUUAAAUGACAAGGACGACACAACGGUUUUGUCCACUCGUAAAUUCUGGAUUGAUGUUCAAUUGAGGUAUGGUGAUUACGAUAGUCAUGAUAUCUCGCGAUAUGCAAGAUCGAAAUAUCUAGAUUAUACGACCGAUGGAACUAGUUCGUACCCAUCGCCAACAGGUAUAAUCAUUGCAAUCGACUUGGCUUAUAACAUGUAUGAUGCAUACGGAAACUGGUUUCCUGGUUUGAAGAUUUUGGUGAAAAACGCCAUGAGAGAGAUCAUGAAGGCAAAUCCGGCACUAUACGUUUUGAGAGAGCGUAUUAGAAAAGGGUUGCAGUUGUACCACGCACAGCCUACUGAAGCUUUCUUGAAUUCUAAUAAUUAUGCCGAAUUGUUCAACAACGAUACGCAAUUGUUUGUUGAUGACACAAAUGUGUACCGUGUCACUGUUCAUAAAACAUUGGAAGGUAAUUUGGCAACCAAACCUAUAAAUGGUUGUGUGUUUAUCCUUAAUCCAAAAACGGGUCAGUUGUUUUUGCGAGUUAUACACACCUCGGUAUGGGCUGGACAAAAGCGAUUGAGUCAACUUGCCAAAUGGAAGGCUGCAGAAGAAGUCACUGCAUUGCUCAAGUCGUUGCCCCGUGAGGAACAACCGAAACAGUUGGUUGUUGCUCGAAAAGGAAUGAUGGAUCCACUUGAAGUGCACAUGUUGGAUUUCCCUAAUAUAUCCAUCCGUCGUUCGGAAUUGCAUUUGCCGUUUGCAGCUGUCUUGAAAAUUGAAAAGUUGAGCGACGUUGUCUUGAGAGCAAAUGAGCCACAAAUGUUUUUGUUCAAUUUCUAUGACGAUUGGCUAAAAUCCAUUUCGCCAUAUACUGCAUUUUCCAGGACCAUCUUGAUCUUGAGGGCAUUAACUAUUGAUGCCACCAAUGCCACUGAUAUUCUUUGGGCACCCAAUGAUGAGUACCGAGAACUGCAUAUCUGGCCCACACUUUCGGAUGCCCAAUGGGUCGAUAGAGAGUCUAGGUUGAGAGAUUUGAUUCUUGAAGAUUAUGCUUCGAAAUACGAUAUUGACGUAAAGACACUUACCCAAUCUGAAAUUCGAGAUUUGAUUCUUGGGCAAGAUAUUAGGGCAGCAUCUUUCAGGAGACAACAGAUUGCUAAUAUGGAGAACAGUUCGGGCCAAGACGAAGUACUGAAGAAUUUGACUGCGGUUAAGAGCACCACUACAAAUAUACAUGGUGAAAACAUUGUUACUGUAACGACCACAAACUAUGAGCAAACUACAUUUUCAUCAAAGAAUGAGUGGAGAAACAGGGCAUUGGCUAGUAACGCGUUAGCAAGCCACGCACCAGCCAUUACAGUGCUGUCCAACGAGUUUAGUGAUGAUGACGCCUUUACUUAUAUCGUUCCAAAGAAUGUGCUACAGCUACUUGUGCAGAUUUCAGACUUGAGGAUACAGGUUGGUGCCUAUUUGUAUGGUAAAUCGCCUGCGGACCAUCCUGAUAUCAAGGAGAUCAAAUGUAUAGCCUUGGUUCCUCAGUUGGGAAGCUCAAACUCUAUCAAGCUUUCUCAAAGGAAACCCGAAGCUGAAGGAUAUUUACAAGAGCAGAAUCUAGAGCUAUUAGGUUGGAUUCACACGCUGUCGGAGCGUCUUGAUUAUAUGAGUCCGAAUGAUAUUACCUUACUGGCACGUAUUUCUGAGGUAUAUGAUCCGCACUAUAUAUGUAUGACGGCAUCAUUCUCGCCAGGAUCGAUACAUGUUGUUGGUUACGAAAUGACCCCGGAAGGGUUCGCUUGGGGUAAGAGCAAUAGUGAUAUGAUUUCAGAGAAGCCCGCUGGCUUUUCGGAAGAAUUUUCGAAAAAGAGCCAGUUGCUUAUUUCUGACAAAAUUGUGGGAACUUAUAUGGUCCCCGAAGAUGAGAUAUGGAACUAUUUUUUCAUGGGUUCGUUGUUUAACGAAACGCACUCGUAUGCCAUGAAAGUUGAUAAGCCGCUAUCAUUUUAUGACGCGUUGCAUAGACCAGUUCAUUUUACAACGUUUUCACGCUUGGAUGCUACAAAGGAGGAGGAAGCCAAUCAAGAAGAUCAGUUUGCUUAG